AUAGGAUGUUUACAUUUGAAAGGAAUGACUCCCAGACCCUUGAGAAAACAUCAGGGUUGUGAAGCUGACUGGAGGCUUGCUCAGCUUCUAAUGGGAUUUUUUUUCAGAUGGCAAGGUUGAAAGGACAGGGGAGUUGAGGACAUUGGCAAGGGAGGGGUUGAAGUGAUGGAUCAUGGAGCCUAAAAUGGAGAGAGGAAGAAGUGAAGUGGGAGAGACUGAGAGCUAGAAAAAGGUUAGAGGGCUGAAAGUCUUGAAGAUGAACAUAUAAUAUGAAUAUGCAGAUGAGUGUUGGAAGACCAGCGUGUGAGGUUGUGGUCAAAAAGUGGGAGCAGUUAGGGAGAGGAGUUACAAAUAUCAAUUGUCAGGUGGCUAAAAGAGUAGAGAUGAAGGUCAUUGAAACUCAAGAAACUGAGUCUCUAGGGCAUUGGUAAGAUCACCCAUGUAAACCUGAAAGACGUCUGGGAUGAUAGCAGAUUCAGAAGGCUGAUCCUUAGGCCGGAAGCCUCAGUACCUGAGAGGUGAGGGAGACAGACAAUGAGGAGGAAGAACGGAGGUUACAGGCUGAUGGAAACAGUGUCAGAGAGGCAGGGUUUGUAUCCUGUAGUGGAUGAGUGAGGCUGGAAAGCAGCAUCAGAUUUUUCACAAUUAAAAUUAGCAGAGCAAAAUAAGCCAAGAUGUCUGUUGAUCCGAUGACCUAUGAGGCCCAGUUCUUUGGCUUCACACCGCAAACUUGCAUGCUGAGGAUCUACAUCGCAUUUCAAGACUACCUUUUUGAAGUGAUGCAGGCUGUUGAACAGGUUAUUCUAAAGAAGCUGGAUGGCAUCCCAGACUGCGCAAUUAGUCCAGUCCAGAUUCGUAAGUGCACGGAAAAUUUUCUCUGCUUCAUGAAAGAACGUUUUGAUAACCUUUUUGGCAAAAUGGAGCAGCUGUUUUUACAGUUAAUUUUGCGUAUUCCCCCAAACGUCUUGCUUCCGGAAGAUAAAUCUCAGGAGAUGCAUCCUUAUAGUGAGGAAGAAUUCCAGCUUCUCCAAAAAGAAAUUGAACAGUUACAGGAGAAGUAUAAGACUGAAGUACGCACUAAACAGGCCCUUCUUGCAGAAUUAGAAGAGCAAAAAAUUGUCCAGGCCAAACUCAAACAGACAUUGUCUUUGUUUGAUGAGCUUGAAAACGUUGGCAGAGACCAUGGGACUAGUGAUUUUAGGGAGAGCUUGGUCUUCCUGGUCCAGAACUCCAGAAAACUACAGAAUAUUAGAGACAAUGUGGAAAAGGAAGGCAAAAGACUGAAAAUAUCUUAAUUUCUAAAUAGUAAAAGGAAUUUAUCAGAAGGUGGAAUAGUAAGGGAUUUGUAUCAGUGAUUCUUCUUAUCCUAGUAACCUGUAUAUUUUGCUGGGGGUGGGGUUCUUUGUUGAUUCUUUCUUGUAUACCGCAUCCUCCUCUUUUUUGGUCACUCUCCUGAAGCCUCUGUGCACUACCUUGAACUAAUCUUUGAAGCAUCUGUGCUUAGAGGCCUCUAAUGGGUGGGAAGGGAUUCUUGGUUCAAUAACGACCGAUUUGGGGUCAUGACCGAAGAAAUAAAGCUGUCCCUGGCCAUUCAAAGAUAUUUGUAGAAGUUGUGCCUUGGUCAUGAGUCCUUUGUAACCUUGAUCCUUUUGACUUACGGUUUGGAGGAGACCAAAUGAGAAAAAGGUUAAGUGGGCAUCUUUAUUAACCAGCCGCCUUGCUGUGCAACAGCUAACAGAGACUACUAGUUCUUGCCCAGUAACUUUUUUUACAUGAGGAAGUUAAUAACUAGUUGAAGAAAGCAAGUAGCAGAAAAAAACAACCAUGACCUUUAGAAAGAAGAAAGAAGUUGUUUUGUUUCUAAAAUAAAUCCUUUCCUUGAUCAAGGCCUUGGUAACGUUAAAGAAUUUACUGUCUUGGAGCCCAGCAGUGGAAGACAUUCGAUGAAAAGGAAGCAGAUCUCAUUGGCAUAGAAAAGGAAGCCUGGGGGCCCAAAGGGUUUACUUAAAUUAGAGUAUUUAAAGGAGCCCCCCUGCCAAAAAAAAAAGAAAGAAAGAAAAGAAAAGGAAGAAGCCUGGAACAUACCCAAUAGCAAAGUUUAUAUGAACUGACUGUUAGGUAUUUAUAUCAUUUUUUUUUUCAUACUUCAGUUAGUUUUGGAAUCUGCCUUGUACCUAAUAUUUAACUUAUUUAUUCACACUCGUAAGCAUCAAUUAUUUAGAACUCUCAGUGAUCAGUUUUAGCUGUGUCUUGUGCUUACAUUCAGUGGAGUCUAAUAUUUCCUUUUGUAACUAAUCCAUGUAAAAUGUUAGAUCACCCAAGGAAAGGGGAGAAAUAGCAAUAGUUGCUCUUAAGGUAUAAUUUACCUUCCAUGUCUUCCUAAAGAACAGGAUUUGGAGUUUCUCCUUUAUGCAGAAGUAUAACUUAGGGUAUUAAUAUUUGCAGUUAAAUAUUCAGUAUAGGAAGCCUGUGUUUACCUGGAAUAUGUUUAUUAUCAAAGAAUCCUUU